AUGGGAUGGCUAGAUUUCAACUCAAAAUCUAAGGAGAAAGAUGACGCCAAGUCCUCAUUCUCAUGGGGCGAUAGCCUUAACGCCACGGAUUGGAGGCAUUAUACGGAUCCGCGAACCCUGAUACCGGCACUCUUGUUGACAACCACCGUUUUGGUCUCUACGCGCCUUUAUCGCUCUUACUUGCGUCGCAUUCCAGAGGCAGCAUAUAUACGGCCGCGAUUCUUUAGAAAAAGAAGUUUGUUUGGCACAGUGACGAGAGUUGGGGAUGCGGAUAAUUUUCAUCUAUUUCAUACGCCUGGUGGCAGACUGGCGGGUUGGGGAUGGUUGCCAGGACGAAGAAACUUGCCUGAGGGGAAAGAGUUGAAAAACAAGACGAUUCACGUUCGAAUCGCAGGAGUCGACGCGCCGGAAGGAGCUCAUUUUGGCAAACCCGCUCAACCAUUCUCGUCAGAAGCUUUAGCCUGGCUUAAAGAAUAUGUUUCAAAUCGUCGAGUGCGCGCCUACAUUUACAAACGCGACCAGUAUGAUCGCGUGGUAGCUACAGUCUGGGUAAGAAGAUUUCUCAUUCGGAAGGACGUGGGAAAGGAAAUGUUGAAGGCGGGGAUGGCUACGGUUUAUGAGGCUAAGAUGGGUGCCGAAUUUGGAGAAUUCGAGGCUCAAUAUCGGGCAAUAGAGGAACAGGCCAAGAAGAAGAAAUUGGGAAUGUGGUCGGGAAAGAAAAAGGAUUUUGAAAGUCCAAGGGAUUACAAGACCAGAACUACGGCUGCUGCUAAUUUGUUGAAAUGA